GCGGCCCAUUGCCUUGACCUCAUGUUGGAGGAUAUUGGUAAGCUUGAAUGGGUGAAAUCAAUAGUUGAAAGGGCAAAAAAUAUCAGCAAGUUUAUCUACAAUCAUGCAUUGGUCCUUAGCAUUAUGAGGCAAUACACGGGGCAAAAGGAGUUGGCUCGUCUUGGUAUCACGAGGUUUGCCUCAAACUUCCUCACACUGAAAUCCUUGAUAAAAUCAAAGGCGGCUUUCAGGCGUAUGUUUGUUGGUGAGGAGUGGACUUCUUCAUCCUAUGCUACGACCACUGCAGGGAUAGAUGUGGUAAAUUGCAUUUUUGAUGAGCCAGGUUUUUGGACCCCCUGUGGAGAAACCGUGCAGGUCACUGAGCCCCUCGUAGUUCUCCUACGAGUUGUUGAUGGGGAGAAGCCCUCUAUGGGCUAUAUAUAUGAGGGUAUGGAUAGGGCCAAGGAGGCCAUUAGGUCCAUAUAUGCAAGAGAUGAGAAUAAGUAUGGCCCCAUUUGAGAGAUUAUUGA